CGCUCACUCGUCGACGAGUUGGCGAGCUACCCGAGAGAGAUCUUGGCGAGAGAUGCACUCGGCUAACCAGACUCUGUCGCCGCGCUCGCGCCUUGUCCUUGGUGGCGGAUGGGGCCAGCGCCCGCGGAGUAUGUCGACCGACCAACACGAGACGAACACGACAAGCGGCGACAUCCCGAAGUACAAGGUUGAAAUUUGCGAAUCGCAGAUCCUCGACCGCGACUUCACGCUGCACCGCCAGCGCAAGACGAAAAUCGUGUGUGCGAUCGGACCGAGCUGCUGGUCGGUCGAGAUGCUUGGCAAGCUCCUCGAUGCAGGCAUGAACGUGGCGCGGUUCAACUUUUCCCAUGGCGACCACUCUGUCCAUUCGACGGCGCUGGCCAACCUGCGCACAGCCAUCGACCAGCGUGAAAACUGCCACUGCGCAGUGCUGCUGGAUACCAAGGGGCCUGAAAUCCGCACGGGGCUGCUCAAGAACCACACGCCCCUUCACUUGACUGCGGGGCAGACGCUCACUAUCUCAACCGACGACACGAUCGAAGGCGACUACACACGCAUUGGAUGCAACUACCCCCAUUUGGCCACGUCCGUUGCCCCCGGCUCGCGAAUUCUCUGCGACGACGGCGCGUUGCAGCUGGAAGUCAUCGCGUGUCGCGAUAGCAAAGUCGACGUCCGUGUGCUGAAUUCGCAUGUCCUGGAAGAGCGCAAGAACAUGUGCCUUCCAGGAGCUAAGAUUCGAGUCCCAGGCAUCACGGAGAAGGACAAGUACGACCUAGAGCACUUUGCGCUUCCGCAAGGCGUCGAUAUUGUGUCCGGGUCGUUCGUCCGGUCCGCGGACAACGUGCGGGCGUUGCGAGCGUGCCUGGGCGACGCUGGCAAGCACAUCCGGAUCCACGCCAAGAUUGAAAGCAUCGAAGCAUUGGAAAAUCUGGACGAGAUACUGGAAGAGGCCGACGGAAUUCACGUGAGCCGUGGGGACCUCGGCAUGGAACUCCAGCCAGAACAGGUCUUCCUCGCGCAAAAGUUGAUCAUCCGCAAAGCCAACAUCGCUGGCAAGCCCGUGGUCACGUCGACGCAGAUGCUUCAAUCCAUGACCAAGUGCCCGACGCCAACGUCUGCCGAGUGCUCGGACGUGGCCAACGCAGUGCUGGACGGCACAGACGCCGUCAUGCUGUCGGCGGAAACAGCCAAAGGCGAGUUUCCCGUCGAAGCAGUCGCGACUAUGUCUCGCAUCUGCAUCGAAGCCGAAGGGUCGUUGAAUUACUCGCGGUUGUACGCCAAGACGCGGGAAGCCACGUCACGGCCCGUCGAUGUGUGCGAAGCUGUAUCGUCGUCUGCAGUCGAGACCGCGCUGGACGUCCAAGCCAAGCUGAUCGUGUCGCUGACUGACUCGGGGUUUUCCAGCUUGAAAAUUGCCAAGUACCGUCCGAAAGCGCUCGUGGUCGCGGUGACAGCGCUUCCUCAUGUCGCAAGACAGUUGGCAGGACUGUCGAGAGGCAUUUCGGUGCUUCGUGUGGAGACCAUGACCGGCACGGACGACUUGAUUCUGAAAGCCAUCGAGUUUGCCAAGGCCCGUGGAUGGAUCGACAACGGCGACAUGGUCGUGGUGCUCCACGGACUUACGGAGGCCUUGCCUGGCAUGACGAGCGUUGUCAAGAUUAUCGAAGCCCAGCCGUAUGGGUAUGCAUCGCCGAUGCACCAAAAGGUGCCCAAGACGGUGGCCCCUCAAAAGUCGACGUCACUCUCGCGGUUUACGUUUUAACGACGAACUCGUCGGCAGACAGCGAUGAUCGAUCUUGCGCGUGUGUGGGGUUGCAGCACCGAAUUGCCCGACCUAUCUCACGAUCAUUCUUACAAGUGCCAUCGAUCACGACACAUGGCGUCGGAGCAUUCGCCUGGCAUACGCUAGAAGGCGCUUAUCGGUGGAGGAUGUCAAAAUGAUGGGUGGAAACCACCUGCCAAGGAAAGUAGUGUAUGUAUUGCGUUGCUGCUCCCAAGC